GUGGGUGGUGGGGAAGAGGACAAGAGCAAAGAUUCUCUUUCUCUCUCCCACGCCCCUGCCACCCUUACUCUUUAAGGUUUUUCUGUAGUACCAUGCUCUCAACACUAUAUGUCUCUGUAUGUCUCAGUACUAUGCUUGCAACAUUGCUUUAAGCUUUUCGUCCCUAAUCCUCAAUCGGGUUGGGUCCUCCCACUCUCAUUUUCUAUUUCGUUACCCCUCUUUCUCAUUUGCCCCCUUUCCCAGUCCUAGCUCCAUUCCUAGGAUUCUACCAAUCACAUCCUUGCACCGUGAUUUAGGGACAUGCCCUCUUUAGCAAGAGGACAGCCCUGCGCUCUCUGCCAUGUGGUUACUAGUUAGGAACUGAACAAGGGAAGGCUUGACUUCCUGGGUCAUGGGCGUGAAGGAGUCUGGGUGACAGGAAGCGAGCGAACUGUCAUACCUAUUGCCUAGCUGCCAGAUUAACCUUGUCUUGAAAAUAACGUGAUUGCUCCAUAGGAACCUUGUCUUGAAAAUAACGUGAUUGCUCCAUAGGCUAUUCAGUUGAGGAAGACAAAAAUUCUUUGGAACGCACCUAGUGGCUUUGCCUUGCAGAUUUGGUAGACGCAAAAAGCAAAGGGGGAACAUGGGCAAAGGAAGAUUUGAUGAAAAAGAAAAUGUGUCCAAUUGCAUCCAGUUGAAAACCUCAGUUAUAAAGGGUAUUAAGAAUCAAUUGAUAGAACAAUUUCCAGGUAUUGAACCAUGGCUUAAUCAAAUCAUGCCUAAGAAAGAUCCUGUCAAAAUAGUGAGAUGCCAUGAACAUAUAGAAAUCCUUACAGUAAAUGGAGAGUUACUAUUUUUUAGACAAAGAGAAGGGCCUUUUUAUCCAACCCUAAGAUUACUUCACAAAUAUCCUUUCAUCCUGCCACAUCAGCAGGUUGACAAAGGAGCCAUCAAAUUUGUCCUCAGUGGAGCAAAUAUCAUGUGUCCAGGCUUAACUUCUCCUGGAGCUAAACUUUACCCUGCUGCGGUAGAUACCAUUGUUGCAAUCAUGGCAGAAGGAAAACAGCAUGCUCUGUGUGUUGGAGUCAUGAAGAUGUCUGCAGAAGAUAUUGAGAAAGUCAACAAAGGAAUUGGCAUUGAAAAUAUCCAUUAUUUAAAUGAUGGGCUGUGGCAUAUGAAGACAUAUAAAUGAGCCUCAGAAGAAAUGCACUUGGGCUAAAAAUGGAUAUUGUGCUGUUUCUGUGUUUGUGUCUAUGUGUGACAGCAUGAAUACAAUACCUCUGUGGUUAUGCUGAAUAAAUUCAACAGAUGCUAAAA